GUAUGGUCGGCGUCUUACGCUGGUGUCGAGGUUUUCCAGCUGCUGGUCAAUGGCACAGCAGUCAUGCGCAGGCGGGUGGACUCGUACAUCAAUGCUACCCAGAUACUCAAGUGUGCGCAAUACGACAAGCCACAUAGGACAAAGUUCCUCGAGAAAGAAGUGCAUACGGGGACGCACGAGAAGGUGCAAGGCGGCUAUGGAAAAUAUCAAGGCACUUGGGUUCCCUUGGACCGGGCGCAGGAUCUGGCGCAGGAGCUGGGCGUA